CAAGGGAAGUUUGUUUUUGUGUUGAGGAUAACGGCAUCUGCAAAUCAGGAAUUUACAAUAAAUACCCACAUGGAGGUAAAUAUCUGAUAUAUUUACAGUAGCAGUUCAACUAGUUACGAACCAGUGAAGCAACCACCAUUCAUACGUUUCAGGCAUACAGGAGAUUAAAAAGUCACUGAAGAUGCCACUGUUUAAGAGCACAUUUAGUCCAAAGAAGACGCCUGCUCGAAAAGCUGCUUCUCUAUCAAGUCUCCACACAUUGGACAGAUCAACGAGAGAAACAGAAUUAGGAAUUGAAUAUGGACCUCCCUGUAUGAACAUUGGAGGUCAGAACUGGAAAUUUGAAGAAGGACAGUGGAUAACCGAAUCUAGUGGAACGGUAUCAAACAAGGAAAUGCAGAGACUCAAGAAAAGAAAUACACAGUUAGAAGAAGAAAACAACCUUCUGAAACUGAAGAUUGAAAUUCUCAUGGACAUGCUGACAGAGACGACGGUACAAUAUCACCUGAUGGAGAAGGAAUUAGAAGAUGUAAAUCCUCAUUAAACAUAAGGGACUCAAAUGUUCUUUAAGAUGCCUGA